GUGGGGGAGGGGGAGCGUCUCGGCGAGUCACGUUGAUGGCGGCCACCAGCCUGUGGUGAGGUAACGGAUUCUCUGGUUGUCUCGCAGAACCCUUCGCAGACUCAGUGCCUGGCGCCCGGCGCCUGAGGAAGCACGGCGGACCGAGCUCGCGGGGACGGCCGCAGUCGCGGAGGCAGCGGCGCGGCCAGGUGCCAGGGCUGGGGGGAAGGCCGCUGUGCAGGGCGAAUGUGACAAGCCCCCACCCACUCCCACCGCCUUCCUCCCGAGUGCGCGAGGAGCGCGGGCGACCCCGGGGCCCCGCCAGGCCAUAGACCCCGCCCAGCGGCCAGCGCCCGGAGCAGGCCCGUCAGCGGAGCUGCGCGGCGACACCAUGCAGGUCACCCUGAAGACCCUUCAGCAGCAGACCUUCAAGAUCGAGAUCGACCCCGAGGAGACGGUGAAAGCACUGAAAGAGAAGAUUGAAUCUGAAAAGGGGAAAGAUGCCUUUCCUGUAGCAGGUCAAAAAUUAAUUUAUGCAGGCAAAAUCCUCAAUGAUGAGACUGCUCUAAAAGAAUAUAAAAUAGAUGAGAAAAACUUUGUGGUGGUUAUGGUGACAAAACCCAAGGCAGUGACGACACCAGCUACAACUCAGCAGUCAAAUCCCGUCACCACUCCCACCGUUAGUUCCUCCACAGCUACAGCUGUGGCCCAAGCUUCCACCCCUGCUCCCGCCCCCGCUGUAGCUCCCACUCCCACUCCCAGUCCUGCACCCGCAUCCACAUCCACCACUCCAGCAUCACCGACAGCAUCUUCUGAACCUGCACCUGCUAGUGCAGUGAAGCAAGAGAAACCUGCAGAAAAGGCAGCAGAAACACCAGUGGCUAUUAGCCCAACAUCAACUGACAGUACAUCAGGAGAUUCUUCUCGGUCAAACCUCUUUGAAGAUGCAACAAGUGCACUUGUGACAGGUCAGUCUUAUGAGAAUAUGGUAACUGAGAUCAUGUCAAUGGGCUAUGAACGAGAGCAAGUUAUUGCAGCCCUGAGAGCCAGUUUCAACAACCCUGAUAGAGCAGUGGAGUAUCUUUUAAUGGGCAUCCCCGGUGAUAGAGAAAGUCAGGCGGUCGUUGAGCCCCCUCCAGCAGCUAGCACUGGGGCUCCACAGUCUUCAGUGGCUGCAGCUGCCGCGACGACGACAGCAACAACGACGACGACGAGUUCUGGAGGACAUCCCCUUGAAUUUUUACGGAAUCAGCCUCAGUUUCAACAGAUGAGACAAAUUAUUCAACAGAAUCCUUCCUUGCUUCCAGCAUUGCUACAACAGAUAGGUCGAGAAAAUCCUCAACUACUUCAGCAAAUUAGCCAACACCAGGAGCAUUUUAUUCAGAUGUUAAAUGAACCAGUUCAAGAAGCUGGUGGUCAAGGAGGAGGGGGUGGAGGUGGCAGUGGAGGAAUUGCAGAAGCUGGAAGCGGUCACAUGAACUACAUUCAAGUAACACCUCAGGAAAAAGAAGCUAUAGAAAGGUUAAAGGCAUUAGGAUUUCCUGAAGGACUUGUGAUACAAGCAUAUUUUGCUUGUGAGAAGAAUGAGAAUUUGGCUGCCAAUUUUCUUCUACAGCAAAACUUUGAUGAAGAUUGAAAGGGACUUUUUUUUAUCUCACACUUCACACCAGUGCAUUACACUAACUUUGUUCACUGGAUUGUCUGGGAUGACUUGGGCUCAUAUCCACAAUACUUGGUAUAAGGUAGUAGAUUGUUGGGGGUGGGGAGGGAGGGAUCUAGGAUAUAGGGCAGGGACAAAUACAGUGCAUGUCUGCUUCAGUUAGCAGAUGCCACAAGUCCACACAGUGUGUAAAAUACUAUACAACCAAAAAUCAGCUUUUGCAGGUCUUUGUUUCUUCUAUAAAACAGUAGGUAACUUUUUCCUAGGUUUCACUCUUUUUAGUGUACUAGAUCCAGAAAUUAGUGUAAUGCCCUGCUUUAUAUUUCUUUGACUUAACAUUGGUUGCAAAAGGAAUCUUUGCUACCUAGAAUCUUCAGUCUUUUCAUGGCAACACUGGAUAAUGGCUUUGUGAAAUUGAAAAAAUUCUGGAGCAACUAUAAACAAAUGCCAAAUUAUUGAUGGUUAUUGUUGCUGCUUCAAAUACAUAUAAAAUUAAUGUGUAAGAAAGCCCAUUCUUUCAUGUUAAAUACUUGGGAUUGGGGAGGGAAAAGGGGAACCUUUUCUUAAAAUGAAAAUAAUUACUGCUAUUUUAAAAUUUCUUUAUCAUUGAAUGUGAGAACCUUCUAACAUGAUUUGAGAAGCUGUACAAGUACAGGCAGAGUUAUUUUCCUGUUUACAUUUUUUUGGUUUGUUUUGGGGAAAAAUUGGUAGGUGUCUAAUUACUGUUUACUUCAUUGUUAUAUUGUAGUAAAAGUUUUAAAACCACCACUGCAUGUUUGCUUUUGAUGUAUCCCUUUGUGAAAUUAGCACUUUGGGGCCAAUGGAGAAAUGCAGCAUUCACACACCCUCUCUCCCUUCCCUCAGCAGAAGUGUGUUUGUCAGCAAGUCCUGAGUUCAAACUGCUGCCAUUUUUAAACCCACAAAAUGCUGAUUCAGUUCAAAAUUAAUGCAAAUGUUUCAAAACUGGGUUUCUGAUAUUUGUAAAUGUUUUUUCUUAUUAGAUAUGAAUAUAUAACCAUUAAAGUCAUUAGAUUAUGUUGUUUCAAAAAGAAAAGGUGGAAGAACUAUAAUCUAGCAUCUUUUAUUACAUUGGAAAGACUGCUGAAACCUUUUAGAAGGGUUGGGAGAUACAGCUGGAAAAGUACUUUGGAAAAUAUACAAUCAACAUAUUUCAUGGCUUAUUAAAAGAAAAAUCUUAAUAGCAGUGUUGGCUUUUCUUUGGAUUUUUUUCAUCUCAAGUUUUUUAUUUGGAAUCUCCUUCAUUGACAUUAUUAUUUGAUCAUAAAGAGAAGGUAGAAGUCUACUUGUUCAGUUUUUCAAAUCUGUUUUCCUGAAUAUAAACAAGACUAUUUAAAGAACUAAUUUUUUUUCCCUACCAUCUGAUAUUGAGUUACAAAGAUGGAUUUGCACAGAUUUCUCCCUGCAUAAUUUCUUGCAGUUAUGCUUAGCACAGUUCGGUGAUGACUUCUAAGCUUUUACAUGAUGCACUAGUAACCUAUCCGUUAUGAAAAUAAAUGAAACAUGAUUUCUCCCAAUAUUACCAAGUAGUUUGAUCUUAAUGUGUUUAUUCCAUAAGUACAACAGACAUUUGAACUUUGUAUUAGCUAUAUAUAUUUUUUAAUGGAUCGUGCAAAAUGUCUCAGGAGAAUAAAAUGAGGAUUUGUAAAUAUGUUCAUCUUUCAAGGCAGAGCAAUGAGUUGGGAAAAGUGAUAGCAUCUGGUUGGAUAAUGGAAUGCUUUCAUUUAUUUUGUGACAUUUUAUCUGCUACCUAAUUGUUCAGAGCAUAGUAGAAACUGGAGAAGGGGGUCAGGGGGAAACCAGCGGCAGCCUCUUCUCUGGAAAGUGACAACAGAAGUUGGUGGCAUGGAACAUUUGUCCUUGGACAACAAAACUACACAUAGUGGGAUUAAUAAUGGCCAGAAGACACUUCAGGCCAAGUUUGACCUUUACAGUACCUUAAUUAACUGCUUAAAGAAUCAACCAAGACAUGAAAGAAAUAGGAUUUUUAUGACCUUUUGCUGUUAUCUUUUAAUUUACAAACAGUUUUGGUGAAUCUCUUAAUGUAAGUGACUGUUUGACUUUGGAAUUUUGCAUUUGAGGUAUUCUGUCAUCUAUUUCUUAAUAUAUCUUACUGUUUAGUUGCUCUAUGGAAAAUGUGAGGAAGAUUAAGUUUAUAUUUGUUAAAAUCUUAUUGCCAUCAUCUAGUCAAAUAUGUCUUUACAUUGUUAAAAAUACCGAAGUGUUCCACCAUAUAACUUUUUCCUGUACUAGAUGGCUAGGAUUCUAGAGAAUUAAUUAUAAAAUAUUUUCAAUACAUCCAA